UUCGCUUCACCAAAGCGCCCCUGGCGGCCGCGCACUGUACUAUUGACGUGUUCUACGGCGUCCUCCGACUUUAUUCACGGAAAGCGAUCGCCAUAUUUGCUUCCGUAAAUGAAGUGAAAUAUUCGUACAUUUCUCGUCAAUUAUGACUGCAAUGUAGUAAUGGAGUGAAGAAUAAUACAGUGCAGUGCGUAUCUAACGUUGGUGAUACUAUUUUUGCGAUCUCGGCAAGUGUUUUAACGUGAAAAAGGAUGUCGUUUGAGAAGAUGGAGGUGGUGAAUCCUGCGGAGAAGGAGGCGAGUGAGGUGCUGCACUCGCUGCUGUCGGUGGAGCGGCGGAGCGUGGACAGCAAGGAGGCCAUCAUCGUGUCCAUCCAGCAGGACAGCGGCGAGUACGGCGAGGGCGCGCAGUGGCACACGCCCGUCAUGGGGCAGCACUCCGUGUUUGAGAUGUCCGGCCAGCAGAAUAUGCAGCAGCAUAACUACAAUGGCCAUCAGGAGCAGGUGCUAUGGCAAGGGCAUACAAUACAAGUUGAGAAUGGUGAGAACCUGCAAGCAAUGGGUGGCGGUAAUUACAUGGAGUUUGGAGCCAAUCCUAAUGUGGACGGGGAGGGUGGAGAGAUGGAAAUUGCCGAGAUAAAACCCAAGGUGGAGAAGAAGACUGUCAUUAAAAAGAAAAAGAAAGGAGGAGACUCGGACAGUGAUGAUGAAGUCAUUGAUAAUAAACUGGAGGAUAAUCCAACUCAGGUGGAAGACAGACUUGGCAGGGGUUGUGACUGCAAGGACAACUGCUACCGCGGGUUGAAUCCGGAGGCAGUGUACCGCCACCGCCUCAACAUCGCGGAGCUGACAAAGAGUGAGCACGACAUGUAUCUGAUGGGCAUCACCAUGGCCAGCCUGGCCAACCCGGCCGAGACCUCGCGCCACAAGGUCAGGAGGAGACUCAGAGCUUGCUAUGUCUACCAGGGCAGAAAGGUUUGUCUUGAAGCAUUUUUGUAUCUCGAAAAUGUUACCCACUAUCAACUGAAACGUAUCAGGCAGCACGUGAUGACGCACGGCGUGGCCCCGCGCAUCCACGGGAACGUCGGCAAGAAGCCCUACAACACGUUCACGCUCGACAUCUACAAGCACGCCACCAACUUCUUAAAGGAGUACCUCAAGCAGCACGCGAGCUCACCAAAGGAUGUUCAGCCGUCCGGCGAACAAGGCAAAAAGAACAACAGCAAAGCAGUGUACAUCCAAGGUGACUCUCGGAAACACUUGUUUGAGGCAUACAAGGAGUAUGGGGAAAUUCUGGAGCCCGGAGUGAAAUUGAUGGGCUACUCCACCUUCAGGCAGUUCAUGAAGGAUCAGUUCCCGCAGGUCAAGUUCUGCACCAAAAAGACUGAGCCGCCGAAGGAGUUGGUGCCGUUCCGCAGCGGCAAGUGCAUGAGCUACGACAAGAACAAGGACCCCGUGCGGAUCCAGCAGGAGAAGGAGAAGGCGGACGCCAAGAAGGCCGCCAUGGACGCCAAGAAGAAGCAGGAGGAGCAGGAGCAGCGCGAGCAGCAGGCGCAGCACCAGGCGCAGCAGCAACAGCAGCAACAACAACAACAACAGCAGCAACAGCAACAACAACAGCAGCAGCAAGUGCAGGUGCAGGUGCAGCACCAGCAGAUGCAGUCGCAGCCGCACGUGGUGAUCCACCAGCAGCAGCAGCAGCCGCAGCAGAUGCAGCAGCAGAUGCUGGUGCCGCAGGUGUCCCAGCACCAGCAGGUGCUGCAGCAGGGCGCGCACCUGCAGCCGCUGGGCGUGGCCGAGGGCGAGCAGCCCGUGGAGAUGGCGCAGCAGGUCAUCCCGCUGGCGGUGGUGCAGCAGCCGCAGCAGGCCUACAUCGUCACCCCCGUGUCGCACUUCCAGACGCGCGUGCAGGGCACCUGGUACCGGCAUUGACAGCACGACGGCGCCUCGCUGGCGGGCGGCGCGGACGACGACACCAUCGUCUACAAUGUCAACUAGACCACUCCCUGUACCACAGUAACGAUGGAUACCACUUGACUGAUGCUAUUGACACUCGUGAAAGGGUGGACUCAGAUUUUUAUUGGCGUAUUACCCGAGUGGGUGCACAUGAAUUGGACAAAUUGGAUAUAAGAGUAACUUCGGCAAUAAUUAAUAAGUACCAUCUCGGAAACUCAGUAUUGUUUGUAGACACUUUAUUUAUAGUGAUAGGUUUAAGUUAUUUAGCCCUAUAGUUUCGCUGCGAGAGUGAGUGAUUUAUGUGUGGAACAUAUUUUACACAACCCAUAUAUUAUGUGCAUUAAUUUCUGUAAAUAUACCAUGAAGGGAAAACGAGCAGAUUUUCAGUAGAUUUCUCUCCUGACAGGAUUCAGAGAAUUAACUUAAGUAAGAAGUAUCUUAUGAAUUGGAAUUUGGAAUAUACCUAAUCGUAAACAAAGUCCUUAUAAAAUAUGUAUUUAUUAACUUUUACAUAAUUAUUUUCUACUUAUCACAAACUUGGGAUUGGGAUUGAUUUUAUGAUUAUAAAAAUGGAAUAUAGAUAUUACUUGACUCUCUAAGCGUGAACUAUAUUAUGAUAUGUAUACCAUAGGAAACCAAUCUAUGAUAGCGGUAGCUACGUAUUUUAUAUGAGGUUUUAAUUCCCUUAGUAGGUUUAACAAUAAAUUAUUUUAUUAAUGCUGAUGGUAUCGUGAAUUCAUGAAUGGUGUGAACUGAGUAGUGACAUUUUAGUGUGUAUAUUUAAACUCAUUGUAUGUGUAAGCAACACUCAAACCUGCGGUUAAUAUGAACUAACAUUACUUGUAUCUGAACGUUCCUUGAACAUAAACAGUAAAAUUUUAGAAAACGUGAGAAUUGUAUAACAUUUUGAGUGUUGAUUAAAUAUACAAUUCUUAUUUUUUUAAGAUAUAUGGUUAUCUUCAUACGUUUCAUCACCGUUUAUAAACCAAGGAAAAGCUUUACGUGAUUGUGUAUAAAAAAACAUUUUAUAGUGCCUUUAAAUAAACUGGAAACAGUAACUGCAGUCGGCGUAAUUAUAUGAAUUUGAAGGCUGCUGAUCGCAAAUUGACAAAAAAAUAUUAAAAGUCCACUCACUUCUCAAACAAAUAAUUUAUUUUAUUCGGGUACAAUAAUCACAACUAUACAUAAGCUCCAAUUAAUUUCCUCAUGAACAGUUUUACACAUAUCACAAUGUUUUUUUAAAGAUUUGGAGAAGACCUUAAUUUGCAUUCAGGCAAAAAUAACUAGUGACAUCUAUUUGAAUACAUAUAAGUAAAUAAGUAAUUUUAGGAUUGUAUAUCAGCUCCAAUAUAGCAUGCUAGGUUAUCUAUACAAAAUGAAGUACAUAAACGUAUAUAUUUUGUAUAUAAAAUGAACUAAAUUGGCUGAAGUGUCCAAUAUUUAAAAAAAAAGAACAGUAGGCUUUCUUACAGUAUAACUUAGUAAUGUUAUAACGUCCGCAGAUAAAGAUGCAAUGUAAAAUUGGCGGCCGUUAAACUGGAAGUAGGAAGGAGCAUUGAUAUAAACAGAACAGUAGAUGUUUUACAAGUUUUAUAUAAAAGAUAAAAACGGCUAUAAGUUUUAUUUAAGUUUCCGCUAGAGGCGCCACUUAGUAUGCGAGAAACGUUUACUUAUAGUUUAUGCAUAGUCUAAAAACCCUGUAGGAACUAAAUCUACAAGAUAGCCUGAGUCCGUCCGCCAUUUGUAUAUUGCUUCUUUAUCAACGCGCGUUAUAACGUUUGUGUGGAAAUGUCAAUCAACCCGUGUUCUGAAUAUAAAGCCUUACCGUGGAGUAGUAUAGGAUGCUUUCAGACCAUUUGGAGGUUUAGAAAUCUCAUCAUUGGGGGCUAGUUAUCAGAAUAAAUUCAGUAGGGAAGUAUCGUUAUUAACAUGGUAUGGCGCAGUGGCAGCAUCCUAAACUAAUUGCAUCUUACCAGUAGCAGCAGGCCAGAAAGAGGCAAAUAAUUUGCCGCUAUUCUUACCAAUGGAAGGUAUCUUAUGACUUGCAUAGUCCCCAUAUUCCAUAGUAUCGGGGCAUACUACAAGCAGUUUUUAAACGCCGCUAAGAUGCUAAAGAUCUUUUCUUGUGUAAUUGAUAAACUAUAUUUAUAUUUGAAAUCCUAAGUGUAGUUAGUACAGAAAUGUGCCUAGACAUAUGCUUAUCCAUGUAUGUAUUUUUAUAGUGCAAUAAUAAUAAAUUUCGAAGGAAAGAUGAUUGACUGAAUUUCACUUGCAAAUACGUAUUGAGUUAGAUUUUCAAGUCUGUUAAAUUUAAGAACGAUAGGUGCGUGUUGAAAUAUAUUUACUAACAAUUUAUUUCAGAGCAAUACAAAUUCAAAAAUAAGUAAACUUUAAUCUUACGCUUAUGUAAUUUUGCCUUUUCAUGUCGAGAGCCUUUUGGAUAUACUUUUACCAACAAAACUUUUACAUUGUAUUAAUUGUAUAAUUGAGUCUAAUGAUAAACCAGUGUUCAUUUACUGUUAUUUGAUAAUUCAACCGAAUGCUGGAUAACAUGUUUAAAGAUUUUUGUGAGGUUGAUUUCAUAUUUUAUUAUUCAAUAUGUAUUUGCCUUUUUUGCUUCGAACCUCCUGCCCUAAGCAGAUAAUUGGUAUCUGUUCCAAAACUUAUAUCGUAGAAAGUCAUAAUGUGAUAGAAAAUAAACUUUUAUACGCUAAGA